AUGGAUCCUAAUCAUUUUCAUUAUCAACAAGCUAUGUUCAAUUUCAUGCAAAAUUAUCAAAAUUCUAAUUCUCAAAAUUCUCAAAUUCCAUCAGUACCACCAAACUCAGCCAUGUUUUUUCCGUCACCAAACAAUCCAAAUAUGUAUCAAAAUCCUAAUCCUCAAAAUUCUCAAGUUCCACUGUUUUCUACUCAAGUUGGUGUUGAAAAAGAAGAAAGGGUUCUCGUUAAAAAAAAUCUCGAGAGCAAUUUACAAGGGAGGAGGAUAUAUGUCUUAUCCAAUCAUGGCUCAAUGUUUCAAAGGAUCCAAUUGUGGGAGUUGAUCAAAAAGCUUAGACUUUUUGGCAUAGAAUCGCUGCAAAUUAUAACCAGUAUCGCGGGCAAUUGCGAGAAAAGUUAA